AUGGCGGCCGAAUACAGGAUCCAUCGGCCGUACGUGCUGGCGUCGCUGCCUCGUCCUCUUGAUCACACCGAUGGUCGGAUUGUUGCUCGCGAGGUCUACAGCCUGAGAGACGGGCGAAAGAAAAAGAAGCGUAUGGAGCUGGCGGUUGGCGUUGACGGAGAAACGGCAAGCAUUUACGACAUUCCUGGGUCGCGGCACAUUACCUCUUAUCCGAUUCCGCCGCAAGAAUCCUUCACCUGUCCACCCUAUUCGAUAAGAAUACGGCGCUCGAAUAGUGAUGAAGUCUAUCGCUAUACCUAUAUCGCCACGAAAGAUGCGAGAUUGUGCAAAGUCACGCUUUUCAAGGACGUGGUUUGCGGGGAUGGAAAAACUACGUCUACGAGUACCUCGCAGACGUUGCAGUCGUCUCCAGUUCGUCACAUUGCUGCUGCCUCUACCUCGGCCUCGGGCCCUGGAGAUGUUGUGCUCAUCUGCGAAGACGGUCAGAUAACCUACCUGUCGGGGGAGAACUUGGCGUUGCAAUGGUCGGCUCCGUCCAGAUCCACCGUGCAGGAUGUAGUUGCCCAGGGCAUCGAGACUUUCGCUGUGGAGUAUGCUUCUUCUGGAGGUGUGAGCGACUUUAGAGACGGUAUUUUCAAAUCCAGACCCGAAGUCUUUAGUGCUUUGCCAAGGGAUCUCGACUCUUAUCCGUCCAUGAUCUUCCUCAUCGUCAAAAGCGUUGCCAAAGGACAAGUAGCGCGUCAUGCACUGGUUUUGGCAGCCAUGGAAGGAUUGUCCGCCGUCACAUCGAAUCUUCAGAAACUGAUCCCGUUGGACAUUAGUCCGCUCAAAAACGACUUUAUUUCAAAAGAUGGCAAGCCUGUCUAUCACGUGGAUGUUCAAUCUGGGCAUCUCAUGGAGCUAGUGGAUGGACGUCUCAGCUCUUACGACAUUACUGGUGCCGUCCCCAAAAGAAAAUCCGCCAUUCAACUAGAAGAUGCCAACUCGUUUACGUGUCUCUCACGGCCGUUUUUACUGUCCGCGUCAAGCUCGGCUCUGGUCUUGUACAACCACCAGUACCGCUCCAUUCAUGCAAAGGCUGGGCUUGACUUGUCCGAACUACCAAUUGACGGUCAGCAAGCUCGAUGCUGCCAGCUAAUUACUCACCUCCGCAGCCAAGAUCUUGUCGUUGCACUCAUAGACGACGUUUUGGUCUCCAUCCAUGUUGAACCACCCAGCAGCCACGGCAAACGAUGUAAAAGAGGCCUUUUGAUCGACUCCAUCGGGAGAGGUACAUCAAGUCAGUUUCCAGAAAAGAAGCUCAAGACCAGCUCAGGGUCCGCGGAGUUCUCUCGGCUAUUACCCGGUACCAUGACUGAUGCAUACAUGGCCAAGUAUCAGGCCGAUGUGAAGAGGGCCGACGACUUGCUCUCCAAGAACGAUUUGAGGAAGUGGGAGACCUUUUUGAGGCGAAAAUUUGGCCUGGGCAUCCGCAAAGAGGCGGCCACGACGAUGGAAGAAAAAGGCACUGAAGAGGCCGUUCAAGAACCACCGGAGUGGGAGUGGGCAAAGCAGCCUGGAUCUUACCCAGUGGCGGAUCGCCGAUGGGUUCUUUACGCAAUCGGCAGAGCCUUUGCUGUAGAAGCAUCCGCCUCUGAAGAUUCAAAGUCUGAGCUGCGCCUGAUUAUGCCGGACAGCAACGUGGCAACGUAUCUCGUGGUAGCAGGCCACUUGACCAUUUCGAACUUGACAUCCGUGUUCCGCGAUGAGUUGACAGGGCGGGACGUCUCCGACACUCCAGCCUUGGCUCGCAAUUUGAUUGAUGGUCUGACGGAUGCCGACCCGUCCAUGACUUUGCUUCUCAACUACCUUCAAGCCACCAAACUCGGGGAAGUGGAGCUCUUGCUUGCCAUCAGAAGUCUCAUGUCGAGCAUGGAUCUUUUGCCAGACACAAACAAGCUGAACAAGAUGAAGCUCCUGGCGGAUGACGCUCAUGAUCAAAAGGAGAUUGACUCGCAGGAGAUGGAUCUGGACGACCUCGAGAGGGACAUUGCCCUUACGGAGCAUUAUCUGGGCGACGAUUCCAGCAUUCGCUCCCGAGGAUUGACACUGGCCUUCGCAAAGCUCUGGCGCGUGCCGGCCAUUGCGACUGUCAAAGCACUACGAGCCACGAUCCGCACGGACGAGCUAUUGGCGUUUAUUUACCUGCUCCGGGUAGAGCUUGUCCGCGGGUCAUGGACCUCUCUCUACAUUGACCAGACCGGCUUGGAGUCGGAGGAUGACGACCCCCCUCCGGAUGGUGUGAUUACUCUCAUUGCAGACUUGCUCGGGCGCUGCGUGGAUGCUAUGGGGGCGGGUGGCUGGCUCCUCAACGACGCCAUGUCGUGGGCAGACGGAGCGGAAGCAAGUGAUUUUCUGACGGCGUUGAAGCUCGAGGUUGCUGCUGCGCUCGAAGGAAUCGAGGAAGCUGUCUACCUCAGCGGCAUUGUCGGGGAGGCGGCGAGGUUCGGACUCACGGUGGAGAAGAACUCGGCAGCGCGACAGCCGUGGCAUCCAAACAAAGCCAACACGCUGCGGGUGGAAAGCAGGGAAUCCCGGCUUUUGCCGCUCGGCCUGAAAGCCAAGCUGAUGCCCACGAGACAGAAGGUGGUGUCCGGUGGCGAGGUUGUCCGCCGCAACGCGCGAGAGACUGGACAUUUGAUCAGCCAAAAGGUCGAAGUCUAUUCACUGGAAAGGCUAGCGGUUUAG